AUGGAUGAUGAUGAGCGAGAGCUAUUAAUUGCUUUCGCUCAUAACUCAUGUAAAAAGAUAUCACAACUUGGACAUGUUUUAGUUUUACUUACAGAUGCGCGAUUGGACAGAUAUGCCGGAGAAAGACAAUUAUUUCUUUGUCAAGAUCAGAAUUGCGAAGCAAUAACAAAGAAAUAUACAAAUGGUAACAAGAGAAUAUACAAACAGCUUGUUCAAUUUCGAAAAAAAUGCAUCCAAGAGGCAUCCGAUUAUUAUGGACAGAGAUUUCUCGCGAUGAAGACAUCAUUUCAAAAUGAAGAAAGCGCCAAAGCAGCAAAGGUACGUGAGAUAGAGUCAGAAUGUAAAAAUCAGAUCGAUAUCAUUCAACAAAUCGUUCCAUACAUAGGAAAACUGACUGAGAGUGCAAAUAAACUCUCAUUAACAGAAUUACAAAAUGAUGUUGGCCAAGCAAAGGAAAAUUCUCAACAAAUGAAUGGUUUAAACUCAAAAUUACGAAAAUUAUUGAAUGAUUGCGAUCAAAUACAAAACGAAAGCCAAAACAGAAUAAAGAAUAUGGUAGAUGAGCAUAAAACCAUUGCAAGAGUAUACAAGAAGAAGAUAAAAGACGUAAAAAAGCAAAAAUAUAAAAACACGUUAUUAAAAUUUAAAGAACGGCUUUCUCAGGUUUCUGAUACUGUAAACUCAAUAAGGCAGAUAAUGGCAUCGCAUUUACAAAACAAGAAAAAAAUUCUUUCUCCAUUUUACAAAAAACUGCAAGAAACAAUGCAAGACUUGCAAAACCAACUCCCUAAGAAAGAUUUAUCGAUAGAAUUCUUGAAUACAGACAAAGAUUUCCGUUUAAUGAAGUCAAAACUCGAUGAUCUUCAUCAGACCAAUCAAAUUCAAUUUUCUGAUGAAAUGACCGAAAUUGAACGUCAAAGAAAUGAAAUGUUAAACGAUUUUAACAAUAAAAUCCAUCAGAAACAACAAGAUUUAAAUACUCAAUCUUUUGCACUUCAAUCUGAGAAUGAACAGUUCGUAAGGAACCUUACUCAACGCGAGCAAGCAUUUUCUUCGGCUUGUAAUGCUGAAAAUGAAGCUGUUGAUGAUAUUAUUCAAUUUCGAAAAUCAUUUCUCCAGAAAGCAAAUGAAUUUUUCGGAAAUUAUGUUAAUCAGUUAUCAAAAAUUCAAUCAAGAACUGUUUCUUCAGUAGAUUUAGAUGAAAAUGAGGAAAAAUUUGAAAAUUUCAAAAAUGAUUUGGAAAAAGCACUCCAGAUGAGGGAGAAACUGAUAGACGAUGCCAUAAACAUGCCAGAAGAAAAAGACUCUGAUUACGAAGAAGAGGAAGAAGAAGAAAAUGAAGAUUUAGAAGAAAAAAAUUUCCGAAAAAAGGAAAAAUACGAACAAAUUUAUCAGGAAAAGGAGAAAGAAAACAAUCUACAGGUUGACAAAAUGCUUAAGCAAUGCAAGACAGAGCAAACAAACCGUAAGAACAAUCAUAACAAAGAGAUUGAACACAAAUUAUUAAUAUCUAAGUCAAAAUUGGCCGAAGACAAACAAAUGAAGGACAAAGAAAUAGAGCAACAUAGAGAAGAAGUGAUUGCAAAGCUCAAAUCCCAGCCAAUCCCUGAAGAAGAUGAAAAUGAAAAUUUAAAUGAAGAAGAACAAGAAGAGGAAGAAGAAUUAACCGAAGAACAGAAGCUCAAAUAUUAUAACCAACAGAAAUCCGCUAUGCAGAAAGAGCUAAAAUCAAUGGAUAACGAAAUCCAAAAUUUUAUGAACGAAAAUCAAAAAUUAAUUCGUACAUUAGAUAAACAACUAAAAGAUCAGCUUGAAGCAAAGAAGUCAUUUGUUCAGAAUAGAGGCCCCUCGAAGGUUUUGAGUGAGUUAAUUCAACAAAUAAAUAAUGAUGAAAAAAGUUUUUUGUCUUCUAUGCAGUUUAAGUCGAGAGAUCAACUUGAUAUCAUGUUACAAAAGUUAAUUACUGCUCAAAUCUCAGGAGAAUCUGCAGUUUUUAUAUCUGAAUUAUCUUUAAUGAAAAAACAUGAAGAAAAUACAUCUCAGAUAGUAGAUACUGAAUUAGCAUUAGAACUAAAGAUGAGUGAAUCUCCAAUUGCUGUAAUUGACAAAAAAUAUGACUCACAAAUGACAUCUUUGAUGCAAAUCUUGAAAGGACGCAAGGAAAAGCUUGAUACAAAGAAGAGCAGUCUUAAAAGUAAGUAUCGAGUCAAAGAUUCGCCGUUUUUGAACGAAACUCGAGAAAUGGAUUUGAAAAUUUCUGUUUUUACACAGAAAAAUGAAGACCAACUUGACAAAUUGAAGGAAGAUUAUGCUAAGAAGAAAGAACAGCUUAUUACUAAGCAUGAAGCCAUGAAAAAGAGCAUUCUCAGUCAGAUUGACCAAGAAAAGGCAAAACAGCAAGCUUUAAUAGAAAAUAAUGAAAAAGAAGUUGAAGAGUAUCUCUCUCAGAUCGCAGAAAAAGAAAUUAUUCGACCUCCUCCCAAAAAAUUAACUUUUGCUGACCAAAUUGUCAAGGUCUCACAAAAAGAAACUGAUCUGAUGAUGAAAUAUUUAUCUCCUAACGGAAAUCCCCAGAUUUCUAAUGUCCAAAAUAAAAUUAAAAACAUUCAACAUGAAAUUGAGACAUUUCUCUCAAAUGAUAAUCUCACAUCAUUUGAUAUCAAUGAAAUUGGGUCUAGGAAGCCUCAAAAAUCGUCACGUGGUGGAAGAAAGUCAAAUCUUAAUGUUCUUCCUCCACUUCAACCUUUGUAA